AUGUCAAAAACGUCGCGAAUGGUGGUUGUACAGCGCCUAUCUGUGGAGCAGUUCACUCUUCGUCCUUAUGUCGAUCAGGGCCUCGGCCUCUCUCCCAUCAGUUCCUGGAGGACUUUGACCAACUGGAGCAGGGAAAACAAUAUCAAGGAGUGGCUUACUAUUGCGUACUCCGCUUCGAAGUUCCUGUUUCGCCUAGUUGUUCUCAUACUACCAUCUUCCGAUGUCCCCACUCAACAAACCACCACCGAUCCCAAGAACCAAGAAUCGAACACAACAUCAAACGCUGCUGAAGAAAACGCUGAGACUCCCUCAUCCAUGACCAAUGGUCCGUCGACCGCGACCGGUAGCGAAUACGCGGUGUGA